AUGCCGGAUCUGAGACGAGUGCACCGCUUGUGCGACCAGCCCAUCGCAGGCGUAAACUGGCGACCGACCCGCUUUGUCGACGAGGUGCCCACAUCUCGUGUUUGUGGCCUCUGUCACAUGAUUCCGAAGCGCAUUGUGCUGCUGCCGUGCUUGCAUACUCUCUGCGAAUCCUGCCAGGCUGCCAUUUCUCAAGGCAUCGGCGGGCGGUGUGCCUUGGAUCAAGUGCCGUUCGAAGAAGCGGAAUGUGUCCGCUAUGACUUCCCCACCAGAAAAGUGAACGUCUUGAAGGUUUAUUGCUGGAACCACACUCAAGGAUGCGAGUAUGAGGGUGCCAUGAAAGAUAUGCUGCGACACUUCGAGAACGAAUGCACAUUCCACUCAGUGGAAUGUAUGCGAUGUGGAGAAGCAGUCCUGCACAGGGAACUGGCAACGCACUACGUGGUUGGGUGCAGUGUCGGUGUUUCUUCAGCUCACAUCGAGAACAGGUCGUUGGAGUCUAGAGCGCCAACACUUCAAGACGUGAAGAAUGCUCUGGAAGAAGUGAAGAUGCUGUUGAGGGUCGCCGACCAUGACCAUGUGCUGCCUGUGAUUCAGAGUCAUUUGAACGAGCUGACAGAGCAAGUCAGGAACCAGGAAUCCAGGUUGGCCCAAAUCACACGCGAGGCUAGAGCAUCUGAAAAUGCAGAGACUGCUCAACAUGGGAAAGCUCGUGGUGUGAGCAAAGCUAUGGGAAGGUCAGGAGAUUUGACGCAAGCGCAGAGCCUCGGAAUCGUCUUCUCGGCGAAAUCCAGCGGACGGAACCAGCACAUCAGCGUCGUCAGUGUCCUGCUCGCAGGCCAGGGAUAG